AUGAGAAAAGAGCUGAUCCUCUCUGGCACUUUAAAUCCAAUUAAGGAUUUACAUCUGGGAAAACUGGCCUUAACUAAGUUUCCAAAGAGUCCAGAAACAUGGAUUCACAGACGAUGGGUGCUACAGCAGCUACUUCAGGAAACCUCCUUGCCUUCCUUUGUGACCAAAGGAAACUUGGGAACAAUUCCUGCAGAAAGGACACAGCGACUAAUACGAGAAGAGAUGGAGGUCUGUGGUGAAGCGGCAGGGAGAUACCCAAGCAACUAUAAUGCCUGGUCCCAUCGCAUCUGGGUUUUACAACACCUGGCCAAGCUAGAUGUCAAGAUUCUUCUCGAUGAACUAUCUUCUACUAAACACUGGGCAUCCAUGCACGUUUCAGACCACAGUGGAUUUCACUACCGCCAGUUUUUGCUGAAGUCUUUGACUAGCCAAACUGUGAAAGACAGUUCUGUGUUGGAGCAAAACCCUUUGAGAAGUGAGCCAGCCCUACUUCUUCCACAAGAUGAAGCAGCAGCAGCUUCCACAGAGGAACCAAGGAUAAAUAUUCCCCAUCUUCUAGAGGAAGAAGUUGAAUUCACCACUGAUCUUAUUGAUUCCUACCCAGGACAUGAAACCCUUUGGUGUCAUAGGCGGCAUGUUUUCUACCUUCAGCAUCACUUAAGUGGUAGUUUUCCUCACAGUGUGACCCAGUUGUCAACUGCAGACAGCCCUGUGGGGACUUCAAGUGACUUGCACCACAUCCCAACAGGCCCUCGCACGGCUCAGGCAAUGGAAGUGGAUGGAUUGAGUGACUCAAGCAAGCAAGGCUAUUCCCAGGAAACAAAACGCCUGAAGCGGACCCCAGCUCCAGAUUCCGUAGGCCUGGAAAUGGAACAUAGGUUCAUCGAUCAAGUAUUGUCCACUUGCCGGAAUGUAGAGCAGGCCAGGUUUGCCAAUGCGUAUAGGAAAUGGCUGGGUUGGUUGGGCCGAGGGGGGAGUUUGGGGAGUACCAGGUAAUGUCUAUUUUCCAUUAUUAUAUUUUCUAUUAUUAUAUUAUUAUAUUUCCCAUUCAUAA